CCUCCCCCUCCGCCUAAUGUUUAACCUGUUUUCAUAUUUGGUUGUUUAUUAACAGACUGUAAAUAGGGUAUUAUUUAUUAGCACAUAACCCUCAAAGUAGCAUUACUCAUUUUUCCAACAUGGAAAACCAUUUGUUGUUUUACAUUUUAUUGGCAUUGAUUCCUGCGCUUGAAACAUCAGACUUUUUGAUAACACCUUUCAGGAACAUCAAGAAGCGAAGUGCUGAUGACUUGAUCGUCAAUGGCAUAGAAAUCUACAGCAUGAAAAUUGACAGCAAAGUGACUUCCCGAUUUGCCCACAAUGUCAUCACUAGCCGAGCUGUCAAUCGUGCCAAUGUGUCUAGGGAAGUGUUUUUUGAUGUUGAUCUGCCUAAGACAGCCUUCAUUACUAAUUUCAGCAUGACAAUUGAUGGUGUUACCUAUCCUGGGAAUAUAAAAGAAAAGGAAGUUGCAAAAAAGCAAUACGAGAAGGCUCUUUCACGGGGACAGACUGCGGGUCUCGUCAGGGCUUCUGGGAGAAAAACUGAAAAGUUCACUGUUUCAGUCAACAUUGCAGCAGCCAGCAAAGUCACUUUUGAGCUCACCUAUGAGGAAUUGCUGAAGAGAAACUUUGGAAAAUAUGAGAUGCUCAUUAAAGUAAAACCAAAGCAGCUUGUCAAUCACUUUGAGAUCCAGGCAAACAUCUUUGAACCCCAAGGUAUCAGUGAGCUGGAAGCACAAGGAUCAUUCAUCACCAAUGACCUAUCACAAGUUAUUAAAAAAUCUUUCUCAGGAAAAAAGGGCCAUGUGUCUUUCAAGCCAACCAUUGAUCAACAGCGAACCUGUGCAAAUUGUUCAACAUCACUGUUGGAUGGAGAUUUUACAAUAAAGUAUGAUGUGAAGAGAGACAGUCCAGGUGAUUUACAGAUUGUCAAUGGAUACUUUGUACACUUUUUUGCACCAACAAAUCUUCCAAAUUUCCCCAAAAAUGUGGUUUUUGUAAUAGACAUUAGUAGCUCAAUGUAUGGAAUAGGAAUACAACAGACAAGGAAAGCACUUCUUAAAAUAUUAGAGGAUAUUAGGGAAGAUGACCACUUUAAUUUCAUACUGUUUGGUUCCAAUGUACACAUUUGGAAAGACAGAUUAGUCAAAGCCACUGCUGAGAAUCUGAAGAAAGCAAAGGACUUCGUUCAAGCUAUUGACACUCAAGGCAUGACAAACCUACAUGGUGGUUUAAUGAAGGGAAUUGAAAUGCUGACUACAGCUUUUGAAACAAAUUCUGUGCCCAAGAGAAGUGCAUCUAUAAUUAUCUUGUUAACGGAUGGUCAACCCAAUGUAGGUGUAUCAAACCCUCAGGAAAUUCAAGCGAAUGUAAAAAAAGCCAUUCAAGGAAGAUACCUCUUAUACAACCUAGCUUUUGGCUAUGCUAUUGACUAUAAUUUUCUAGAAAAGAUGGCACUAGAAAAUAAAGGGGUGGCUCGUCGCGUCUAUCCAGAUUCUGAUUCAGCCAUACAAAUGGAGGGUUUUUAUGCAGAAGUAGCCAAUCCCAUGCUUACAGAAGUGAAAUUAAACUACCCUGAAAAUGCAAUAUCUGACUUAACUCAAAACAAUUUUAAGCACUAUUAUGAUGGCUCUGAAAUCGUGGUGGCUGGACGUAUUACUGAUAAUGACCUGAACAGUUUGACUGCAGAUGUGAAAGCUCAAGGUGCAGAAAAUGAUGUGACAUUUAGUGAACAAGCAGAUGUCGAAGAAACGGCAAAAGCUCUCCAAGAACAGGAGUACAUAUUUGGGGAUUACAUUGAGAGGCUUUGGGCUUAUCUCACCAUUCAACAAUUACUGGAAAAACGCACUGUAGCUCAGGGAGAAGAAAAGGAAAACCUUACAGCUGAAGCCCUGGAGCUCUCUCUGAAAUACAAGUUUGUGACACCUUUGACAUCCAUGGUGGUUACGAAGCCAGAAGAUAAUGAAGAUAAAGCUGCAAUUGCUGAUAAACCAGUAGAAGCUGAAGCAAGGGCUGCCCCAGGCACUCAAUCAUAUCCAACACAUUCUUAUCACUACAGUAGUCCUUCAGUCCCUUCCCUAUAUACUAGUGUUGAUGGAGAUCCGCACUUCAUUAUAUCAGUGCCACAAAAAGAAGAUGCCAUUUGUUUCAAUAUCAAUGAAGAGAGAGGUGCAGUGUUAAAUUUAAUAAAUGACCCAGUUACAGGCAUCAGAGUCAAUGGGCAGCUUAUUGGAGAUAAGAGAGUGAGCAGUGAUGCAAAGAUCCAAAACACGUAUUUUGGAAAACUUGGGAUUGAAAAUAAGCAGCUGGAAUUAAAACUAGAAGUAACUCCUGAGAAAAUAACCCUCCAAAAGGGCAGAAAGAAGACAGUUUUCACCUGGCUUGAUACAGUCACCCUGCGACAAGAAGGUCUAACUGUGAUAAUCAACAGGAAAAAAAAUCUGGUGCUUUCAAUGGGAGAUGGCGCAUCAUUUGUUAUUGUUUUGCACCAAGUAUGGAAGAAGCAUCCUCUACACCAGGACUUCCUAGGAUUGUAUACGCUGGAUAGUCACAAGCUGUCUGAACGUACCCAUGGCUUAUUAGGGCAAUUUUUCCACCACAUUGACUUUAAUAUACUUGAAAUCCAUCCUGGGUCUGACCCCAAGAAACCAGAUGCUACAAUUAUGAUCAAAAACAAUAAACUGACAGUAACUAGGGGCUGGCAGAAAGAUUACAGAAAAGAUCCCAAGCAUGGCAUUGAUAUCCCUUGCUGGUUUGUUCAUAACAAUGGAGCAGGGCUGAUUGAUGGAGUUCACACAGACUAUAUUGUUUCCAAUAUAUUUGACACAACUGUAAAUUAAUCCUCAGAUGUGUGUUUAGAGAGCAUUUUUCUGAAUGAGUUAUGCUUUCUAAUAAUCAGCUAUUAAAUUAUAGGGUUCAGAGUAGCAGCCGUGUUAG